AUGGAACGCAACCACAGCAAGGAUAUUCGUAAAGAUCCUUCUCCAUUAUUCGAUUUAAAACUUGAGGCUUCUCCCACUCAUUCCCUCAUGGUUCAUAGAAGAAUAGUCUGUAACAAGUCGAAACUCUUAAAUAUGUUACUAUUGAGAGAACAAGAACUGGUUGGCCCGAAUGAAAUUGUUCAUACUCUCCGUAUUCAACUUCCAAUUGAAGAUGGUGAAGAGAAUGAAGAGUCUCUGAUAGAGGAAUUAGUUAAAUACUUUGAUCAAUGCAUUGAUUUAAUGUACGAUCAAAAUAUUGAGAUGAGUACUCAUGUUGUGAGAAUGGCAAUGUUUUUAAUGAUGGAUGCAGAUAGAGUCUUAAAGCGUUGGGCAAAGGGGCUAUCUGAAACUCUUAAUUCUUCCGAUUUGCAAUUAAUUAAGGGGUUGAUUGAUGAUGAAAGUAUUGGUUAUUCUAACAAGACUAUUAGGUGUUUAAUUUCAUACUAUGGAAAUCAAAUCACUAAGGAAUGCAGUAUUCCUCAACAAGUUCUUGAUGAAUUAAUUAUUUAUGGUGAUUUUCAUUCAACCGAAAAGCUUAAUGAAGAAGUUGUGGGGUUUUCUCGUAAUAGAGAUUCUGUAAAAGUUAUUCGUUCUGAAUUUGUUAAUAUUGGAUUGGUUUCUAGAGGAGGAUAUCAAAAAUUCAGUGCUUUCGGUGUUGAUUGGUUAUUGAAACGAUUCAAUCUGAGUUUUAAUGAAGAAUUGUUAAAGAUUUAUGUUGAUGACGAUUUUGAGAUUUCAGAAACAUUGGUUUCUCCUUUGAAUAUUAGAGUUUACUUUAUUUUGUACAGCAAGUAUGAACGUGUUUGUGUGGACUUGAGUAAUAUUGAACAAAUUGAAUCUAUAGAAAAAUAUAAGGCGUCCUAUCAGGCAAAACAUUAUUCCAGAAACGGUAUGUGCACUUGUUUUGAAAAUUUAAAGGGGUGUGCUAAAGUUUCAGUAUAUUUAGAAGAGAUUGAUGAUAAUGAAUAA